AUGCAGUCUUCCCCAAACAUGCUCACUAAGUUUGAGUCAAAAUCUUCCAGAGCAAAGGGAAUCGCAUUCCACCCGAAACGACCAUGGAUCCUUGUCUCCCUUCACUCCUCCACAAUUCAGUUAUGGGAUUACCGGAUGGGAACUCUCAUCGACCGAUUUGAAGAGCACGAUGGCCCUGUCCGAGGAAUCGAUUUUCACCCCACGCAGCCCCUGUUCGUCUCCGGUGGUGAUGACUACAAGAUCAAGGUCUGGAAUUACCAGACACGGAGGUGUUUGUUCACAUUGAACGGGCAUCUGGACUAUGUGCGCACCGUUUUCUUCCACCCUGAGCUGCCAUGGAUCCUGUCUGCCUCCGAUGACCAGACCAUUCGCAUUUGGAAUUGGCAGAAUCGCUCUCUGAUCUGCACCAUGACUGGACACAACCACUAUGUCAUGUGCGCUCAAUUCCAUCCUACAGAAGACCUCAUCGCCUCCGCGUCACUGGACCAAUCCGUCCGCAUUUGGGAUAUUUCCGGCCUGCGAAAGAAGCACUCUGCUCCUACCUCCGUGUCCUUUGAGGAUCAAAUGGCUCGUGCCAAUCCCAACCAAGCUGACAUGUUUGGAAACACCGACGCCAUUGUAAAAUUCGUGUUAGAAGGCCAUGAUCGUGGUGUGAACUGGGUGUCAUUCCAUCCGACCCUGCCCUUGAUCGUGUCCGCUGGUGAUGACCGUCUGAUCAAGUUGUGGCGCAUGAGUGACACGAAGGCAUGGGAGGUUGACACGUGCCGAGGACACUACCAGAAUGCUUCUGCGUGUCUUUUCCAUCCGCACCAGGAUCUCAUUCUUUCCGUUGGUGAAGAUAAGACGAUUCGUGUGUGGGACCUCAACAAGCGCACUUCUGUGCAGUCAUUCAAACGAGACCUCGACCGAUUCUGGGUAAUCGCCGCCCAUCCGGAGAUGAACCUGUUUGCUGCUGGUCACGACACUGGUGUUAUGGUCUUCAAACUGGAGCGUGAGCGUCCCGCUUCUGCUGUGUACCAAAACCAGCUAUUCUACAUCACCAAGGAGAAGCAUGUCAAGUCUUACGAUUUUGGCAAGAAUGUCGAAUCCCCUCCUAUGUUGUCACUCCGGAAGCUUGGCUCUCCCUGGGUCCCACCUCGAACCCUCUCAUACAACCCCGCUGAGCGUGCCAUUCUGGUCACAUCUCCCACCGACAGCGGCACCUACGAGUUAAUUCACCUCCCUCGAGAUGCAACGGGCGCUGUGGAGCCAACUGAUGUGAAGCGUGGCCAGGCUACGUCGGCUGUCUUUGUUGCGCGAAACCGAUUCGCCGUCUUCAAUCCUGCAAGCCAGCAGGUAGACAUCAAAGAUCUUAGCAAUUCUACCACGAAAACCAUCAAGCCCCCCGCUGGUACAACUGAUAUUUACUUUGGCGGCACUGGCUGCCUGCUCUUUAUUACGCCUACCACGGUCACGCUUUUCGAUAUUCAGCAGAAAAAGCAGCUUGCUGAGCUUGCUGUCAGCGGGGUGAAAUAUGUUGUUUGGUCCAACGAUGGUCUUUACUGUGCCCUCCUGAGCAAGCACAAUGUGACGAUUGUUACCAAGACUCUCGAACAGGUCAGCACCCUGCACGAGACUAUCCGGAUCAAGAGCGCAACAUGGGACGACACUGGAGUACUCAUCUAUUCAACCCUUAACCACGUCAAAUAUUCCCUGCUGAAUGGCGACAAUGGAAUUAUUCGAACACUUGAUCAGACGGUCUACUUGGUCCGCGUUAAGGGACGGAAUGUGUACUGCCUUGAUCGCAAUGCUCAACCCCAGAUUCUCGCAAUCGAUCCUACAGAGUACCGUUUCAAGCUGGCCCUUGUGAAGCGGAAUUAUGACGAGAUGCUCCAGAUCAUUAAGACUUCAAGCUUGGUUGGUCAGAGCAUCAUCUCUUAUCUUCAAAAGAAGGGCUAUCCUGAAAUUGCUCUUCAAUUCGUGCAAGAUCCACAGACUCGAUUUGAUCUGGCCUUGGAGUGUGGAAACCUUGAAGUUGCGACUGAGAUGGCCCGUGAACUUGAUCGGCCACAAAUUUGGAGUCGACUGGGGGCCGAAGCAUUGGCACACGGAAACCAUCAGACCGUGGAGAUGACCUACCAGAAGCAGCGCAAUUUCGACAAACUUUCUUUCCUCUACCUUGCUACGGGUGAUCAAGAGAAGCUUGCUCGCAUGGCAAAGAUCGCGGAGCACCGGGGAGACUUUACUUCUCGUUUCCAGAACGCUGUUUAUCGUGGCGACGUUGAGGAUCGCAUUCAGAUGUUCAAGGAGGUCGACCAGUAUCCUUUGGCUUACCUCACCGCCAAGUCUCAUGGGUUGACGGAAGAGGCCGAGUCCAUUCUCGAAGCCUGUGGUCUCACGGAGGAUCAAAUCACCCUGCCGUCCCUCCAGGAGCCCCUCAAGAUCGCGCACCCUAUUGCUCCCACCUUCAGGUCCAAUUGGCCUGUGAAAGCCGCUGGUCACUCUUCAUUCGAGAAGGCCCUCCUGGGGGAGGUCGGUGAUGAGGAAGAAAUUGCCGCCGAUUCUUUGGACAUUCAGGACGAUGAGACAGCGGCAGUUGUCACCAAGGACACUAUGGAAGAAGAGGAGGAAGAUGCUUCUGGGUGGGACAUGGGAGAUGAUAUCAACGUCGAGGAAGAUGUUGAAUUUGUCAACGUCGAAAGCGCUGAAGCUGGCGCAGGCAGCUCUGAGGCUGAUCUGUGGGCCCGCAACUCGCCAUUGGCAGCUGACCACGUCGCUGCUGGUUCGUUCGAUACGGCAAUGCAGCUAUUGAACCGUCAAGUCGGUGCGGUUCAAUUUGCUCCUCUCAAGGAGCGAUUCCUCGAGAUUUACAAGGGCUCCAAGACCUAUUUGCCUGCCUCCAGUGGUCUACCACCCCUGGCCAACUACGUGCGAAGAACCAUCGAGGAAACGGACAGCCGCAAGGUCCUGCCCCUGAUUCCCCGCGAUCUCGAAACGGUGGCCAGUGUUGAUCUUCAGGAAGGAUACGCCGCCAUGCGCUCCAAUAAGCUCGAGGACGGCGUGAGGACAUUCAAGCGCAUUCUCCACACACUGCUUGUCAAUACCGUCUCGUCCGAAAGUGAGGUUGAGCAAGCGAAGAAGAUCAUCUCCACUGCCAGAGAGUACAUUCUCGCCAUGUCCAUUGAGUUGGCACGUCGUUCCCUGUCUACCGAUACUCCCGAGGGUCUCAAGCGUAGCCUGGAGUUGUCGGCGUACUUUACGAUUCCCAAGCUUGAGGUUGCUCACCGCCAGUUGGCUCUGAUGGCAGCUAUGAAGCUCGCGUUCGCCAACAAAAAUUACAACUCCGCGCUGGGCUUCGCCAACCGGAUGCUUGCCAACGGUGGAUCCGCCAAGCUGCUGGAUCAGGCCAAGAAGAUCAAGGCUCAAUGUGAGCGAAACCCCCAAGAUGCGAUCGAUAUUGAGUUCGACCAGUUCGCCGAAUUCGAUAUUUGCGCCGCCUCCUUUACCCCGAUCUUCAGUGGUUCUCCCUGCGUGAUUGAUCCCUUCACGGGCGCCAAGUACCACGAGCAAUACAAGGGUAGUGUUUGCCGGAUAUCUGACGUGACCGAAAUCGGCGCGCCCGCGAGCGGCCUGCGCCUGUUUGUUCCGACUCAAUAUUAG